GUUUGUUGUACCUGAACCUUUUUUUUUUUUUCUGUGUAAGAACUCUUGGAGCGGAGGUACAAACUAAAAAUGCAAAAUCACAUAUAAAUCUCUACGAGCUACAUUUCUUUUUUUUUUUCCAACAAUGGAUCUUGCACUAGACAUCACUUCAUCCUGUCGAGUUCGAGUAUUAUUGGUACCUGUUUCACCCAUCAAAAAGUCGACCUUUUGGCAUCAUGUAGACCUCGUUCGAAAAUUCAGUUGUGUUCGUCUCGGCGACGUAACACCUGAUUUACAUAAAGGCGCUAAUGCUAAAUUCAGUAGUCAAGUAUUUCAAGAAGGUCAAAUGCAUUUUCAAUUUGUGACAAAGUAUAACCGAGAUCAUUGUCAUCUCGAAGAUUUUCAGCCUCAUCGUCGAAUUUUCGGUGUGAUUGGUAUUAUGGAUUGUCAAGAAUGGAAAGAUAAGGAUUUGAGUGAAGGAUACAAGAAAUUUGUAGACAUGUUGGGUCAGUAUCCAACAGCCGUAGCAACACGAUGCUUUGCCUUUGAUCCCACUGAAAAUCAACCUGACGAUACCAAAGGAUUAAUCAUGAUUCCCAACGUUGGAAACAUGUCAUUCUAUAUGAGCACCAUGAUUUGUGAUUUUGCUAGCGAAAUUCUGGAUCAAUUUGCAGCCAUUGCUGAACGUAUCGAGAAAUUAAACGCAUUGGAAUCUCCUAUUCCUGCAGGUUAUGUUCAUCGUCAUUUGGACCUUCAAAAGAAACUACAACCUUCCUCUAGUUCACCUCUAAAACCAUCCAAUGGACCCGUACCUACUUCAUCCAUCUCAUCCUCGUUCUUGAAAAGAGCUUCAACAACGGCUACUAGACCUCAACCACCCUCACCCAAACCUUCUUUAUCUAGAUCAACUACCUUUUCAGGCAUGUCUGUCUCGGGUGAUUCUGGAAGAACAGUUCAAAGAACUCCCGGUCGUAUCAAGAAACUUUUGGCUGAUUUUUAUCUAUUAGCUGGUCGAUUACCUGAUGCCAUUCAACAUUACAAUGAAUCGAUUGAGAUGGCCAAUCAUUCCUAUGAUUAUUUAUGGUUAAGUAGUGCAAAGGAAGGUUUGGCUUGUACCAUGAUUUUAAUGGAUUUCCUUCAGACAGAUAUCGGACACAUUGUAGCACGACCUACACUCAACAAUGAGGAAGAAGCAGAAGAUCCAGUACCUAAAAAAAUGCCCACCAAGAAAACAAUUGUGACAGAAAUUACAGACAUGUACGAGGAACUUUUAGAGACCUAUGCUAAAGUGGGAUCCACCACCAGUAUCCCUAUUCCAAAACUCGUGUAUGUGGAAGCAUGUAUCAAAAUCUCACGUUUCUUAACCACCGUCUUUCUAAACGGUGGUUGGAACGAAACUGUCUUACACAAGAUCGUUCAACCUGAUUUCAAGACAGAGAAUAGAAGGUUUAUGAGGACAACAGAUCUAUUGAAAUACAAGGGUAGUGGGAUCGCUAGGUUUACUAUUGCUAAAUGGAUCACAAGGCUAUGGUCUAUCAAUAUCGAGGAUUUACUCAUGAUUGAUCAAAUCAAUGUCAUGACUCAAAUGUCAAGUAUCCUAUCUACCAUUGGCUAUCAUCGAAAAUCCGCUUGGUUCAUGUACGAAACCUUGAACAGAAUGAUCCCUUUAUUGAUCGGAGGUCGUGCUGCUAUGGCAGGUUCCUCUACCCAAAAAAGGGAAAAGGACGAUGGUAUCUUACAGGUCUUGAAACGUAUAUGUGAAGUCUAUGGUAUUGGUCAAAGUCAUGUGCAUGAUGGAGGUACGCUUCGUAUGAUGGCCAUGCAACAGGAUCAACAAGAGAAUCAGGAGAUAAAACGAAACCACACCUUUGGUUGGGCAGCCUUACAAAUUGAUAUUUUACGUGAAUGUAUUGUCAUCUCAGAAGCCAUCCAGGACCAUGCUUCUAUGUUGUAUUAUACCACUGUCUUGCUCAAGAAUCUGUAUCAACAUAUUCCCAAAGAUGAACAAAUUCGUUUAGCUUCCAGUAUUCAACGUAUUGUGAAUAUCAGUAAACGAACAGGCCAUGUGGAUACAAGCGUGAAUUACUGGGGUUUUAAUAUCGUUAAAAGUAUUCAACCUAUACCACCUAUUCCACGUAAAGCCAUCUAUCAACAUCCACUCUUGAUUGCAAAAGCAUUAGCGGCUUCCAAAGAAGGUCGUUUGAAUUCGGGCGAUCCUUUUAUUUAUAACCCGUUUGCCAAAAAGAAGAACGAUAAACCUCAAAUCAAUUUAAUCAAGGAUGAAGUCUGUGAAUUCAAGGUGGUCUUAUCCAAUCCUUUUGGUUUUGAUCUUGAAUUAAGCAACGUCGUAUUAAGUACAUCAGGCAUCGAAUUUUCAUCUAUCCCUACAUCAGGAUCUAUACCAGCCAAUGAAAGCCUUGUGAUUCGAUUAAUGGGUACACCUUUAGAGACCGGUGCCUUGAUUAUCCGAGGCUGUAUUAUCAAAAUCACAGGUUUUGCAGAACAAGAAUUCUUGAAUGAAAAGCAAAAAGUAGAGAAAGUGGUGAAUGCCCCCUUGGUAGAGUCGGAACGAUAUAAAUACAGCGGUCUGUCUGCGCUUUACAAUACGCCAAGUGAGACGACAGAACAGAUACCAACACCACCCCAGAUUGUACAAGAGAGUUUAAACGUGAUUGAAGAUCAACCCUUGUUAAAGAUCAGUUCUACCUCUUUAUUACAUGGUGCUGUCAUGUUAUUUGAAGGUGAAGUACAGCAUAUCUCUAUCCAAGUAGAAAACAUUGGAAACAUCCCUGUGGAUUUUAUUACCUUGUCCUUUACAGAUUCUACCACCAUUCAUCCUAAACCGAUUAAUCCUGAACUACCCACAGAGGAUCAAUAUGAGAUUGAACUGUAUACGAAGGGAACACCCGUGUUCUCUUGGGAAGGGUCCAAGGGAAAUCAGAUUGGUAAGAAAAUUCAGUUACCUCCUGGCGCACGUACCGAAAUCAUUGUAAAUAUAUAUGGAAAGCAAGGAUGUGUGGGUGGUGCAAUUCAUGUGGAUUAUGGCUAUUUGGAUAGAGUCAUCAAAGAUCAAGCCAUUGUAGUAGAGAGUGAUUUAGACGAUGAAUUACCUACCACCUUGUAUACGCGACAACUUUAUUUACCCAUCAUGAUCACCGUCUAUGAGAAUCUGGAACCCUUGAAUUGGGACGUACUCUAUUUACGCGAUAAUAUGAUUGUAUCAGAUCAAAUGGUGAAAGACGCUGUGGAUAAAAUUAAGCAUCUGGAUAUCAAUCAAGCGCAAGAUCAACCUGUGGAACAAUUAUUUGUUAUCACUCAGCAAUCCGAAGAUGACCAAGAUAAAAACCCUUAUUGUUUACUUACGUUGGAUGUCCGAAAUACAUGGACUGUACCCUUUGAUAUUGAAUUUAUAGUGGAUAAUCGAGAAGCAGAAGAGGAAGGAGAUGAACAUAUACUAAAGUCCACCGUAACAAUUCAACCUGCCUUGACAAGGCGAAUUGUGUUACCCUUAAAAAAACUCUUCUUAUCCACCGAACAACGAUUACAACCGAUCCCUAGUUUUGAACCCAAUAAACAGUUUGUAGUGUCUCAAGCACCCAAGAUGGCACCCGAACAAGAGAGAGCACGAUUACAAAUGUUUUGGUAUCGAGAACAGUUAUUGACGCGUAUCAAAGCUUCCUGGCAAUGUAAAUCCUCCAACCGUCAAGGUACGAUCAAUUUGCGACCUUCUUUACGAUUGACAGGACUUCAAUUGGGUGUAUUGAAAAAGCAGGAUAUUGAAUUUAUUGUGGACAUGGCAUCGGAGAACACAGUGGGUCAUCGAUUGUUUCAAUGCAACGUCAAUGAUUUUGUUACCAUGAACGUGACGAUUGUCAAUCGUCAAAUCCGGCCAGUGAAAUUAGUGUUACGUGUACAACCUGUACAAAGUUACAAUGACGGAGCCAAGGAAUAUGACUUGACCGAGAAAUUAUUGAUGCAGGGUGUAUCACAGCUGGUCUUACCCGAGAUUCCAUCCAAUGGUGAAAUCUCGUAUGCCUUCCCUCUUUGUUUCUUGUCUCGUGGUAAGUUUGAGUUCUUGUACCAUGUAGAAGAUGUUCAUACAAGAGAAAUGUAUUAUGAUCAUGACUGGGCCUUUGUUAAUGUGUUGGAUACUUAAAUUUUUUUUUUCUUUUUCAAAUAAACAAAUUGCAUGUGAAUGGCACACACCGGAAAAAAAAAAGGAUGGGGUAAAUUUGAGUUGUGGGGAGGUUUUUUUUUUUUUUCCUUUUUUUUUU